UCUCCUUCUUCUUUCUCCUCCUUCAAUCGAUGUCGCUAGCGUUUCUUUUGAUUUGAUCCGAGUUCGUGCCGUAGGUCGUGUCAUUUGGUGCAAUUCCUCUGGGAUUAGGGUUGGUCCGGUUUGAAUUGUGGGAAGUUCUGACGACAGUGGAAGGAAUUCGGGGCCGAUGGAUAGGGUUAGGGCUUUCUUGAUCCACUUUGGCGGAUAUCUGGACGGGUUUAGGGAUGGUCUUUAUGAGAGAGGUUGGUGUUUGAGGAAGAUUAGGGUGAUUCUUGAGCUCUUGUUAUCGCUUAUAGAUUUAUAUGGUGCUCAAUUCUUUUCCCUUCUCGGUAUGGACAACGCGAAGGAGUGUUUUCUUCGAUCUUGUUCGGCUUCUUGUUUCCACGAAAAGGUUCGGUGUUUUUGAAGUAUACUUCAUUCCAGGACAAUUCAUGGUGAAAGCUCGAGCAGUAUGAGUUCUGUUUGUCCAUUUGCUAAAGCAGCUUGUGCUGAUGGUGGCUGUCCUGUGAAACAUGAGAAGCAGAGCAGACAGCAGGCAGAAUGUGAUGAUAAAGUAGAUACGAAGAGCAAUGAUUCUGCUUCUGUUGAUGGUGGCUGUCCUAUGAAACAUGAGGGGAAUUACAAUAGACAUAAGGCAGAAUGUGAUGAUAAAGUAGAUACAAAGAGCAAUGAUUCUGCCGUAGUAUCUCCAAAAUGUCCCUUUGGAUAUGAUUCUCAUACAUUUAAGCUGGGUCCUCUAAGCUGCAUGAUUUGCCAGGCAUUGCUUUAUCAAAGUAGUAAAUGCUUGCCCUGCUCCCAUAAAUUUUGCAAAGUAUGCAUCUCUCGCUUUAAGGAUUGUCCAUUGUGUGGUGCUGACAUAGAGAAGAUUGAGCCUGACACUGAACUUCAGGUCACUGUUGAUCGCUUCAUUAAUGGCCAUGCUAGAAUCAAGAGAGUCAGUGCAGAUGGGCAAGAAGUAGAUGGAAAGAAAAAUGUGAUAUAUGGGGAUGUUUCUAUGGAGAGGGGGGCUUUUCUAGUGCAACAAGCUAUGAGGGCUUUCCGUGCACAGAAUAUAGAGAGUGCAAAAUCAAGGCUUAGUCUUUGUGCAGAGGAUAUCCGGGAACAAUUACAGACAUCAGACGACACAUCAGAUUUAUGUUUGCAACUUGGGGCUGUCCUAGGAAUGCUAGGGGACUGCUGUCGAGCAAUAGGUGAUACUGGUUCAGCGGUCACUUAUUAUGAAGAGAGUGUUGAAUUUCUUUCAAAGCUGCCUGCAAAAGAUCUAGAGUUGGUUCACACUCUGUCAGUUUCAUUAAAUAAAAUUGGAGAUCUUAGUUAUUAUGAUGGAGACCUGGAAUCUGCAAAAAUUUAUUAUAUACGAUCUUUGGAUGUUCGUCGAAAUGCAGUCAAGGAGCAUUCUAAUGCAUCUUCCCAGGUUGUUGAUCUUGCAGUUUCUCUUGCGAAAGUUGCUGAUGUGGAUAGGAAUCUUGGCAAUGAGGAUGUUGCAAUUGAUGGAUUUCAGGAAGCCAUAAAGUGCCUCGAAUCUCUGAAGUUGGAUUCCAAUGAAGCUGGUUUAGAGCAGCGGUGUCACUCGGUACUCGAUUUCUUGCACAGCCAGCUUGCUGACAAACAGACUCCUGUCUCCAACUCUUCUGUCUGAGGAGGCAGCUAAAGAUGAGCAACCCAUCCUGUUCAACAGCUGGAUCUUCACAAUCAUGGUGGAUGAAUAACACAUAAACUGAGAUAUAUGCAUAUUCUCUGCUGUGUUCCCACCUGGCAUGUAAUUUAACUUGCCCACACAUGGUGAGGAUCUAACAUAACCAUAUGUUCAUGGUUCUCUGCUACAUGGUCAUUUAGAAUAAGCAUAUUCCUGUGGUUGGGUAGCUUUGUGUUGUGCAUCAAGUGAAGCUAUAUUAAGUGUACGCCAUUAUCCUUCGCUCGAUAUUUCAUACUAAAUGUACAAAAUACAUAAAGGCCAAUUAUGAUUUGGCAUUAGUAUUCAUAAUGUGCUUGGUUUGUAUUUUGAUCAUUCAGAAAAUAAUAUUAGACCUUAACAAGGUUUAAUUUAAAUUUGCA